AAAAUGCGUAAACGCCACCGCCAUUUUGGGGGAGUAGUAUAGAAAUAUGCCAUACACAAUGAUGCGUGUGGCUGCACAAACCGCCGCAGUGUUUCAACAAGAUACUAGGAAAUAACAUUUUACAAAUUGGACUUUUCUCUGCCACGGAAAGCAGGCGGAAGUACGAGGGGAGCGUCAGGGUGGGAGAAACACAAAAGCUCGUCCUUACAAACAAACUCAGCGGCGUUACUAUCGAAAGCAAUCGUGUUUUCACAGAUUGUGCUCCAUCUGCAUUGAGAACAGAGGUCAAUGAUGACGAUGUCAAUGGGUGAUCUCGACAGUGGGAUGGUGAAGGUGGCAGAGUGGCAGCAGACCAUGUAUGGUGUCGACUCAGGUAUUCAGUCCGGAGCAACCACAGUGAGAGACGAUGAUGGCGGCGAGUACACCACCACCAAGCACUACACAACGACCACUACUGUCAGCGGCAUGCAGCCCGAACUUGAUGCCCAGUACUCUUUGACCAGAGCCCAGCGUGUGCGGGCUGCAAUGUUCCCAGAGACAAUGGAAGAAGGCAUGACCAUCCUGUCCACUCAGACAGACCCAGCCCAAAUGACAAAUGUCCAGCGCCUGGCAGAACCUUCCCAAAUGCUAAAGACCGCAAUCAUCCAUCUGAUCAAUUAUCAGGACGAUGCUGAACUGGCAACACGUGCUGUUCCUGAGCUUACCAAGCUCCUAAAUGAUGAAGAUCAGUUGGUGGUGAGCAAGGCGGCACAGAUUGUCAACCAGUUAACCCGCAAAGAGGCCUCUCGUCGUGCGCUGAUGCAGUCACCUCAGAUGGUGGCUGCAGUCGUGCGGGCCAUGCAGAACACAAGCGACAUGGAAACGGCACGGGCAACGGCAAGCAUCCUUCACAACCUGUCGCACCAAAAACAAGGCCUGCUUGCCAUCUUUAAAUCGGGAGGCAUCCCAGCUCUGGUUCGAAUGCUCAGCUCUCCCGUGGAGUCUGUACUUUUUUAUGCCAUCACCACACUUCACAACCUGCUCCUGCAUCAAGAAGGAGCCAAGAUGGCCGUGCGUUUGGCAGAUGGCCUGCAGAGGAUGGUACCCUUGCUAAAGAAAAGCAACGCCAAAUUUCUGGCCAUCACAACAGACUGCUUGCAGCUUCUUUCCUAUGGCAACCAGGAGAGCAAGCUGAUCAUCCUUGCCAAUGGUGGUCCCGAGGGCUUGGUGCACAUCAUGAGAAACUCCAACUACGAGAAACUGCUGUGGACCACAAGCCGUGUGCUCAAAGUGCUCUCUGUUUGCCCCAGCAACAAACCCGCCAUUGUUGAGGCAGGUGGAAUGCAGGCUCUUGGUAAACACCUAACAGGCUCCAGUCAGCGUCUGAUGCAGAACUGCCUGUGGACACUCAGGAACCUGUCAGAUGCUGCUACCAAGCAGGAGGGUUUGGACAACCUGCUGCAAGUGCUGGUCAGCCUCCUCAGUUCCGAUGACAUCAACAUGCUUACUUGUGCCACCGGCAUCCUUUCGAAUCUCACAUGCAACAAUGCACAUAAUAAAUCCCUGGUCACCCAGAGCAAUGGCGUCGAGGCGCUCAUACAUGCCAUACUCCGCGCUGGAGAGAAGGAGGAUGUGACUGAACCGGCCGUUUGUGCAUUGCGUCAUCUGACCUCGCGCCACCAGCAGGCUGAGGUAGCACAGAACGGCGUGAGAACCCACUACGGCAUCCCUGCGAUCGUCAAGCUUCUGAACCAGCCAUAUUACUGGCCUGUCAUUAAGGCAGCAGUUGGCUUGAUCCGUAACUUGGCCCUGUGCCCAGAAAAUCAGACUCCUCUCAGAGAUGCCGGAGUAAUUCCCCGGCUUGUCAACCUGCUCUCUAAAGCCCACCAGGAUGCGCAGAAACAUGGUUCAUCAGCUCAGCAAACAUACCAGGAUGGAGUAAGGAUGGAGGAAAUUAUCGAGGGAUCCACAGGAGCCUUGCACAUCUUAGCCAGGGAUCCCACCAAUAGAGCUGACAUCGCCAGCAUGCAGACCAUUCCGUUGUUUGUGCAGCUGCUUUACUCACCAGUGGACAACGUGAAGCGCGUGGCAGCGGGCGUCCUUUGUGAACUCGCACUCGACAAGCAGUCGGCUGAGAGCAUCGACAGCGAGGGAGCAUCCGCUCCGCUUAUGGAGCUGCUGCACUCCAACAACGAGGGAAUCGCAACUUACGCUGCUGCCGUGCUGUUCCGCAUCUCUGAGGAUAAGAACACUGAUUACAAAAAGCGAGUGUCCGUGGAGCUCACACACUCUCUGUUCAAACAUGAUCCAGUUGCAUGGGAGAUGGCCCACAACACUGUAAGCAUGGAGGGACAUUAUCAAGAUGAGAUGGAUGGUUUUCAAGCCUACGCAGGUGGACCCUAUGCUGACAUGCCUAUGGACGGUCCCGAGGGAAACAUGAUGCAUGAAGAUUACACCGGCAGUGUGGCCUACGACAGACAAGGAUACCCUUAUUAAAAAGGUCUGUAUUCACUCCGAUCAAACUUCCUGCAAAUUCACAAGCUAAAUCAAAUAAAUCACACACGUUCGUUAAAUAUAUUACACGGACGUCAACGUGUGUGAGGUACGCAUGUAAUCGAGUAUAUUGGCGAUGUAAGGAGAGACAGCAGUGGGCAUGCGCCGAAUGGCAACCGUCACAACCGAGACAACACUUACGGCUGCCGCACCUCACCCUUUUCCCCCAUGUUUGUUAACAGUAAUAUGUAAAUUCCGCAAAUUUUACCAUAGAACUGAUGAAAUGUCAAGUAGACAUUUUUUUUUUUCUGUUAUCAUUGUUAGUUAUUUUCUCUGUCUCUACUCCCUGUCUAACUGGGUGUCACUUAUUUAUAACAGCGAAACAUGCACCUACAAUCACGGCCUUUCGAAAAUCAAAUCCCUCAUUAUUAAAAUGAGAACGAAAAAAAAAAAAGACUAAAAUCUGUGACGAUAACGCAAGAAUAAAAACAAAUAUUGGUUGUUUACAAUAUCUUUAGCCAAAUUUGAAAAUGAAAACUUUUUCAUUUGGAGUCAUGCUAACAAAACUCGCGUGCGUUGGCCCUUUAUGGUGGUGCAGCAGGUGGUGCUGUUAUCGCUAGAAGUUACUACAACUUCUCUGCCCCCCCUCCCGCCCCCCCCCCCUUCAUUCACUUUACUCUUUACUCCUCUGACUAUCAUUAGCAAUAGCAGAGCUCGGCAUCAUCUGAUUGGCUAAAUGGUGUGCAUGCAUGCAACCAUGUGUCCAUGGCUGCGUCUUGACUUAAGGCGCACUUAAAAGCCUUUCAUUUUCUCCGAAAUCGACAGUGCGCCCUAUAACCCGGUGCGCCUUAUGUAAUACUUUAGGUUGCGCUUACUGACCUCGAACUGAUUUUUAUAAAGCCAAUGACGUUUAACUCAGAUGCUCAACAACAACUGUUACAGUAUGGUUGUGUAACCCAAAUCCGUGCAACGUCACGUCGUGCCUCCCAACGCUGAAAACGGAGAUUUUGAGCUGUGUUUUUGAAUUGUCGCUGUAUGUUUGCGAUGCGGGACGACUUUUGACACAUGGCAGUCGAGUUUUUCCCGUAGUCAAGAACUUUUUUUUUUUUAAAUCGAUACAGGAAAAACACACUCUCUCAAGAAAAAUAGUGAGAACCGUAGUGCUCUAAAACAAUCACAGUCAGUGACUUUGUCUUUUUUUUUUCUUUUUUUUUUUUGUAGUUGCAGACCUCAAUGGAAUGGAAGGGGAGCAGGACACAGACAUGGGACAUAGGAAAUGCCUCUGUUUUCAUCUUGAUGUAAUUUGCAUUUAGCUUUUAGCAGUACUGGAUUAUAAUCUUAACAGGGUAAACUUUGCUCUAAAGCCUAAUUUUUUCCUCAUUAUACCAUUGCCAUCGUAAGGGCAAUGCUUAUAGGUUUCUGUUUUAAAUCAUUUUACCGUAGUUCUUCGCAGAUAUGUGUGUAAAAGCGUGUGUUUCCUUUUGGUGGGGUAAUUCUUUGCUAGGGAGAUUUUAUUUGUGACGGUCAUAAUAGAGUCUCUCUUGUUAUUAGAAAAAAGAAACAAAAAAAAUUUUUACAGUUGAGACCACUGCCAGGAGGUGACCCAAUGUGUACGUUCUCACCACUUUUUCUUUUUUUUUUUUUAUAAAAGCCUCUAAAACAGACACUGUGUCUAUGUUCCAAGUUGUAACACGACGUAUACCUUAGUACUGUGCAAAAGUUUUAGGCCUCUGUACACCGAGUUGGGCAAAGUUUAUGGGCGGCUAGCAAAAACGUUUGAAGAAAGCUGCACAGUUCCCCCUUCAGCAUCUGGUUGGUGGCUCGUCUUUGUACCCACGAUCCCUAACUGUUUUUUUUUUUUGUCUGUUUGUUGUUUGUGGCAGUGCCCGGCUUCUCCUGCUCAGAUAGGGCGAAGGGCAAGUGUAAUAAAAAUGCCCCCCCCCAAAACAGCAUUAUUUAAAUUUGUUAAGUAUGUGCUUCUGGUUCAGUUGCAUACAUAUGUACAUAAGUACAAUUUCAAAGGCUUCCGUAACAAUUAAAAAAACAAUAGAGAAGAUGUAGAUUAAUUAUGAUUAACAAAAAAGACAAACAAACAUUUCUUUUUUUUUUUUUUUUUUGUUCUGCAUGUCGCGGAAACACCUAGUCCCUAAAUCCUAGGUUUGGUUGUGUUAGGAAGGGCAUCCGUUGUAAAUACUUUUCCAAAUCACUGUGUUGACAACUGCUGGCCGACCCCUGAUUGAAAAGGGACAAAAGUGAUUUGUCUUCUUAAUAUUGCUGAAAAAAAAAACAACAACAAGGAAAAAUAACAGCAGCUAGAUGUAUUUGUUUUAUAGCUGUUUUUAUUUGAGACUAAUCCAAAUCAUGGAAUUAUUCAGUUGUAAUAUGCAAAAGUAUAACUUAAAGUGAAGCUUUAAAGAUCUUGUUGAUUGUAGGCAUCACUGUGAAUGUCUGACAGCGGGUGUUGAGGUGGUGUUGAGAGUUCUUUUGAGAGGUGUGAAGUCUUCGUCCUGAAUAACAGUCAUCAUUCCGAGUCCCUCGCAAUCUUAUUUGACAAUCCUGAUCGUCAGCGUAUCAACCCUAGACAUGAAGCUGGUUCCCCCACGGGGCGGGGGGUCACUCCUGUAGUUGACGCCUUCACAAGUGCAUGCUGGGAUGGUAUUUUAGGCUGCAGGAGCUGUGGUGAAAUUAAUGCUUUUAUGAUUGCGCAAUACAAGCAAUUAAUCUUACUGGAGAUGUAGAGGAUGUCCUUUAACCAAUGGGUUAAAAUGUGGUAAAAAAAAAAUUUUAUUUUGAAUAAUUUCAUACACAGAUAAAGCCGAUUAAUGUGGUCAUUCCGACAGCCCUACUUUAAAUUCUUAAAAAGGGAAAAGAUUUAUUUAAAAAAAAAUAAUAAUAAUAUAACGAUAGUUUAUGCACCGCCAAAACCUUUGCACAGAACUGUAUCUUUCAACUUCCUGUUUGCUGCGUCCUGGCAAACAAGGUGUCUUUUAAGCGUUGUGCAGUGUUGACAACACUUUCAUCGUUUUUUUUUUUGGUUUUUUUUUUUCAAUUAGUGUUUCUGCUCUUUUACAAAUCGUUUACCGGGGAAGGUCCACAUUUUCUGUCUGUAACGUUAACGUGUUUUAUAGUGAACCAAUUCAUUAUGUGAUUGAAAUGAUGAUAUAGUUAGGGACUGGCCUACAGCAAGAGCAAACUACUGACAGGUAAAUUUAUCUUUCUACUUUAUUAAAAUGUUUUACUAACUUUUCUAAAAAUCAAAAUAAAGGAUAUAUGAAAUCUA